GCUCUCCUGCUGCUGCCUGGGAGCUCCUCCCUGGCAGGACCCAAGCGAGGAGUCUGGUUCUUUCCUGCCCAGCAAACUCCCAGGAGUGAGGCUCCAGCUCUGCAGCCUUUGCCCCACAACCGCAUCCCAGGGGGGCGGAACCAUCCAUCACUGCCGGCUACCAGGUAGUGCCCCAAAACAACGUGCCCAGGGAGUGAAGAACUUCAAGGGAGCGGGCUCCUGCUGGCCUCCGGAGUGUGACAGGUCCCCAGCUGCAGACGCUGGCCAUGGCCUCGGUUCCCACCGGCGAAAACUGGACGGACGGGACGGCGGGCGUGGGGUCCCAUACAGGGAAUCUGAGCGCUGCGCUGGGGAUCACUGAGUGGCUUGCGCUCCAGGCUGGCAACUUCUCCUCCGCGCUGGGCUUGCCAGUGACAUCCCAGGCACCUUCCCAAGUCCGGGCCAACCUGACGAACCAGUUCGUGCAGCCCUCCUGGCGAAUCGCGCUCUGGUCGCUGGCCUAUGGCUUAGUGGUGGCGGUGGCAGUCUUCGGAAACCUCAUCGUUAUUUGGAUCAUCUUGGCCCACAAGCGCAUGAGGACCGUCACCAACUAUUUCCUGGUAAACCUGGCUUUCUCCGACGCCUCCGUGGCUGCCUUCAACACCUUGGUCAAUUUCAUCUAUGGUGUUCACAGCGAGUGGUACUUUGGCGCCAACUACUGCCGCUUCCAGAACUUCUUUCCCAUCACAGCGGUGUUUGCCAGCAUCUACUCUAUGACAGCCAUUGCAGUGGACAGGUAUAUGGCCAUUAUCGAUCCUUUGAAACCCAGACUAUCUGCCACAGCCACUAAGAUUGUCAUCGGAAGUAUUUGGAUUUUGGCAUUUCUACUUGCCUUCCCUCAAUGUCUUUAUUCCAAAAUAAAAGUCAUGCCAGGCCGUACCCUUUGCUAUGUGCAGUGGCCAGAAGGUCCCAAGCAACAUUUCACGUACCACAUCAUUGUUAUCAUCCUGGUGUACUGUUUCCCAUUGCUCAUCAUGGGUGUCACCUACACCAUCGUUGGAAUUACUCUCUGGGGAGGAGAGAUCCCAGGAGACACCUGUGACAAGUACCAUGAGCAGCUUAAGGCUAAACGAAAGGUUGUAAAAAUGAUGAUUAUUGUGGUGGUGACAUUUGCCAUCUGCUGGCUACCCUACCAUGUGUAUUUCAUUCUCACUGCGAUCUACCAACAGUUAAACAGGUGGAAAUACAUCCAGCAGGUCUACCUGGCUAGCUUCUGGCUGGCCAUGAGCUCAACCAUGUACAACCCCAUCAUCUACUGCUGUUUGAACAAAAGAUUUCGUGCAGGCUUCAAGAGAGCAUUUCGCUGGUGUCCUUUCAUCCAAGUCUCCAGCUACGAUGAGCUGGAGCUCAAGACCACCAGGUUUCAUCCCACACGGCAGAGCAGCCUGUACACCGUGAGCAGGAUGGAGUCAGUGACCGUGCUGUAUGACCCCAGUGAAGGGGACCCGGCCAAGUCCAGCCGCAAGAAGAGGGCGGUGCCCAGAGACCCCAGUGCCAAUGGCUGCUCCCACAGAGAGUUCAAAUCUGCCUCCACCACAUCAAGUUUCAUAAGCUCGCCCUAUACCUCUGUGGAUGAAUAUUCCUAAAUCCAUGUCCCAAGCUAAAGGCUGUCAUGAGGCCACCAUGAGGCCAACCUAGGUCCCUCAUUCUCCUAACCAUGCCAGGUCCUUUUCUAGGUACUUUGGGAAAGCAGAAGGGCAGUCCUUAGGUGGGGAUACUUCAUUUGAGAAAAGUGGAAUACCAACAUAACAAAAACUACCAACAUAUCAGCCAGCACAAAGAGAACUGAGUCUUCAAUCAUAUGCAAAGUGUGAAUCUGAAAGAUGCUCUAAGUAUCCGGUGUCUGUCAUUUAACAAUGGCAAUGUGUCUUUGUGACCUCCGAACAGCAGAGGGGUUUUCCAAGAGAAUAAGGAGGCUCUAAAAUGCUAUGAUGAGCAAGGGAAACAUGACCUACAUAAAACAGAAGUUCUGUGUGGCUGUGAAGUGGAGAGGGCAAAUGACUGACUUCCCAAACAAGUAAUAGAAAACUCAGCCUCAAAGAGUAGGGAGAUAUGGUAGGAAGAAGGCUUUUCAAGAAAAUUUAUGUCAUAAAAUAAAAACUUUCAGAAAUUCCCUCCAAAACACUUAGCAGAAAAGGAGAGAUAGUCAAAGCAUUGCCCAAACACAGCAUGUAUUUCUCUUGAUUAUUUUUCCAAAGGAAAUAAUUUCAUUUAAUUUUGACCACUAGGUGUUUUGAGUGCUAAACUAAGUUGCAGUCAAAUUUGGGGCUUUAAAAGACAAAGAAAAUUCUUACCAUCUUCUUUAUCUUAUUAUUCAUGCUUUUUAAAAUUGAGUAAAAUUGUAAAAACACUAAAGCUAUCAUCCAAUGGAAAAAGAGAAAUCCAUAUUUGCCUCGGUAACUCACUUGCUUGAUUUGGAUAACAAGUUAAUAGUACUUAGACGUCAUCAAGCCAGACACCAGCAUCUCCAAGUCCCUGAGCCAGCUGCUUCCCACUGCCAUGCAAAGAAAAUCAAAGUCAUGAACUUUACUGGUUAUAUCAUGGCAUCCUUCUCUUCUUUCCUCACUGAGAAAAAAACAAAGGCCAUUGGGGGAGUAUUACAAUAUAUUUCAAGUGUGAGCUGAGUUGCCCCAGGACAAAUUGAAAAGUAUUAAUAUAUGUACUGAUAAAUCAGAGAAGACAUAGGCCCAUAAGUAGCUGGCUAGAAAAAGAAGAUGUGUAGGACUCUGGGGACAUAAGCUAGAGAUGAGGAAGAGGACAGCACACAUGCUCCCAGACACAAAACUUGGUUGUCUGUACUUAGUCAAGAGAAAAUCCCUCUAGAAGGAAAUGUGUUGGUAUGUGUGUGUGUUUAUGUAUCUCUUCCUAAAGUUUGUUUGACUCAUCUAAUAGAAAUUAGUAUUUUUGGUAGUCUCUUUUCUUACCCCUAUAAAUGCUUCCCUUGUUAAUUUAUGCUUGGAAUACACUGUGAGAUUACUUCCUUUCCAGUUAGGGGAACUGCCAUGUGUAGGCACAUUUAAGAGGCCCAGAACAAAAUUACAGACAUCUAGAAAUGUAGAAUGCGUCUUCCAGACUACAUCCUUUACAAGUCAUCUUUCCUUAUGUUACUACAACUGUUGAUUCUGUUCAUAAAAUCGCAAGCCUUCUGGGAAUGAGAUUUGUCCUACAAACUUGUCUUUCCCAACAUUCAAGUGGGUUUUAUUAACUAUCUGUCCAAAAUACUUGCCUCUAACACGUUUUUCUUUGUAUGCUCUAUCAACAUAAGAAUAUUUCUGAAGAUCAGGGCAGAGGCAAUUGCCUGGUAGUAAAUCAUAGUGGAUUAUCACAGCAUUUGUCUCUAGUCCUUUUUUCUCAUUUGAAGCCCAAACCAUAUAUACCAGACUGUUACACAAUUUCAACUCUCUAAAGUACCAAAUUAUAUAUGCUUGGGUUUACUUUAAUAACUCCAAUAAACAAACAGACAACCAAAUACACAUAUGAGUGUGCAGAUAAACACUAUCAAAAAUGAAUGUGAUUGCUUCAAGGAUUGAAUUCAAAAUUGAAACCAAAAAGGCAGAUGGUCACAACAGGAUUGCCCCAAAAGCCACUCAGUGAUGUCUACGAAGCAUUGUGUGCAUGUUUCCCCUUAGCAAUUGUAUCUCAUCAUCUGAAUAUAGUGUUUGAAAAAUGUUUAUUCUUAAAUUAUGUAAGUGCUUAUCAAAUGUAAAAUCAUCAUGAAAACCUGG